CAACAGAUGAUAUUUAUUGGGCUGCAAUUGUGCAAGUUAUUUUAAUUGGAUGCAUGGAAGGAGUGAGAGGUAGCAUCUCAACUUUCAACCAAGACAAGUUCAAAGUAUGUAAUACCAACAAGCAUGCAGGACAAAAUGGAAGCGUUUAACGUAUACUAAACUCUUAACAACUAAAUUCUUAAUCAAAAUUGGUUUUAGCCUCAAAGUCCUCCCACAAAGCACCCUUUCUUAAGCCUAUUCUUAUGGCUUCAAACUAUCAGAAAUGUCGAUUUCCGAUCAUCCUCUCUCUGUGCAUGCUGUUCUUGAGAAGUUGUGAAUCAGAUACCCCUCCUACUAAUAUCACUGGUAUUUAUCCGUUUAACUGCUCUGCGAAGAUCAACAAAUGUAGUUCUUACCUUUAUCAGCACAAUGGACUGACAAAAGAAAAUAUUAGUCACUUCUACUCAGUCAACACAUCAGAAAUCCAGCCGAUAACUUAUGGCAACGGAAAUAAUUUCCUCAUACAUGUUCCUUGUUCUUGCCAAACUGUUAACCACACUGUCGGAUACUUCUACAACACUAUCUACACUGUACAGUCCAAUGACACAUUUGAAAAUGUUUCUGACAAUAUUUUCAGCGGGCAGGCCUGGGAAGUUGGUGGAGAAGAAAAAAGCUUUGUUUCAGGAGUCAAUGUCACCAUUUACCUUCCCUGUGGAUGCCAGGAAAGUGAUUCUGUAAUUGUGGUAACCUAUUCAGUUCAAAAUUCGGAUACCUUGUCAGAAAUUGCAGAUUCACUAUCUUCCGAUGUUGACAGCAUAUUGAACUUGAAUAAGUAUUUGCAACCGCAUCCAUCUUAUCUUCAGACUGGUUGGUUGGUUUACGUCCCUAUGCAGAAAAAUGGAUCUCGCAAGAAGAAAGAUCAUCACAAGAAGAGGGACUGGAUUAUAUCUCUUAGUAUAUUAUCAGUAGUGACAGUGCUCUCAAUCUGCACAUUAGUGAUAUUUAUACUCAGGAGAAAGAAAUUUGAGCAAAUCAAGUUAAAAAAUGGUUCCAUGAAAUCCAUGAUCAGCAACAGAUCUUUGUCAGCCAAAAAGCACUUCAAGAAUCCCGAAAACUUUGAAGAUCUCACAGUAAUUGAAUCAGAAAAGCCAAUGGUAUACUCUCUAGAGGAGGUUGCAGAGGCUACCGAGGACUUUGAUGAAAGUAGAAAGAUUGGGCAGGGUGGAUUUGGAAGUGUAUACCGUGGGACGAUAGGAAAGCAGGAAAUUGCAGUAAAGAAGAUGAGAUCAAACAAAUCCAAGGAGUUCCUUGCAGAGCUCAAAGUCCUAUGCAAAAUACAUCAUAUAAAUGUGGUUGAGCUCCUAGGAUAUGCCAGUGGGGAUGACCACCUUUACUUAGUAUAUGAGUAUGUCCAGAAUGGUUCUCUCAAUGAUCAUCUUCAUGAUCCAUUACUGAAAGGUCACCAGCCUCUCUCAUGGACUGCAAGAACCCAGAUUGCACUUGAUGCUGCAAGAGGUAUUGAGUACAUCCACGACCACACUAAAUCCCGAUAUGUACACCGUGACAUAAAGACCAGCAACAUUCUACUGGAUGAGACACUAAGGGCAAAGGUUGCUGAUUUUGGAUUAGCGAAACUUGUUAACAGAACAAAUGAGGAUGAGUGGAUGGCAACCCGCCUGGUUGGAACACCAGGAUAUCUUCCUCCCGAAUCAGUUAAAGAGCUUCAGGUGACUACUAAAACAGAUGUCUUUGCAUUUGGGGUUGUUCUGGCAGAGCUAAUAACUGGUAAACGUGCAAUCAAUCGAGACCAUCGGGAGCCUUCCAGGAUGAAGUCUCUCAUAACUAUUAUAAACAAUAUUUUUGAAGAUGAAGAUCCAGAAUCGGCACUUGAACGCGAAAUUGAUGGUAACCUUAAAGGAGGAUACCCUAUGGAAGAUGUGUUCAAGAUGGCGGAAAUUUCACGAUGGUGCUUGAGUGAAGAAGCAAUAAACAGGCCGGAGAUGCGAGAAGUGGUAGUUGGAGUCUCUAAAAUCAGAGUUUCAUCCAUUGAAUGGGAGGCAUCACUUGGUGGCAACAGCCAGGUAUUCAGUGGAGUAUUCAAUGGACGAUGAAAUGAAACCGUUGCCAAUCCAAGAAUGCAACCUGAGGAUUCUUAUUGUGUCUGUAAUCUGCAUAAUUUUAUUUAGUUUGGGACCAUAUCUCCUUUUUUUUUUCAUGUGUGCGAAUGGCCCAUUUUUCAUCCCAUUUAAGACAAAUCUUGUUGGUGUAAUGUAAACUAACUAUUGUUCUAGGAAUUUGUUUGACCCCUGCUUGUACAAAGACAAUUGUUAGUUUGUGUUAGCUAAUUUCUGUUACGAGUUCAGAAAGGAAAGAAGGAAAGCAUCAACAGUUAUUCUCCUUAUGAUUAAAGAAUGGG